GAUUUGCGAGUUUGGAAAUCAGUCUUGAAUUUUACAAGGAGUGGUUCAGUCUUCUCUACUUGUGUUAUACCUAAGCAUCAUCAUUACUCUGGCGUCAUGGCCGCACGAAUCGUUGUAUUGUUCGCGUUACUCGCAGUGCUCUGCGGACUGUCCAGUGCGCAAAAUUACUGCAAUAUCAAGACCUGCCGAGGUAGACCACACACGGCUUGUAGAUUCCAGUCUGCUCUGCCGGCGUCUCGAUGCACUGGUUUGCAACAAACUGGCCUCACAUCCGAAGAGAAGCAGAAGGUCUUGAAUCUUCACAAUGAGCUGAGACAAAGGGUAGCCAGAGGACAGGAGCAUCGCGGAAGUCUGGGACCUCAGCCAGCUGCAACCAACAUGGCUCAUCUAACGUGGGAUAAUGAAUUGGAGAAGAUCGCGCAAACCUGGGCUAGUCAGUGCAACUUCGCUCAUGAUUCUUGCAGAGAUGUCGAACGUUUCAAUGUCGGUCAAAACAUCGCUUACACAGCUACCACGGGAGACAUCAGUACCUUAGACGUUGAACAGUUGGUCAAGAACUGGUACGACGAAGUAAAGAACUACAACCACAACCAAGUUGCUAGAUUCGGUGCCGUUCGUGGAAAUGGUGGAAAGCAAAUUGGUCACUACACUCAGCUUGUUUGGGCUGAUACUACUAAACUUGGCUGUGGCGCCAUUAAGUACAAGGAUGGAAAGUUCAACAAAUUCUACCUCGUCUGCAACUAUGGACCGUCCGGCAACUGGAUUGGAGAACCAGUUUACCAGACUCGCUAAUUUUUUUUUAGUUUUUGUUUUUGAAUAGAUCCACGUUUAUUUUUAUCAUAAUGUUUUGUGACAUUCUAUGUAAAUAUUAUUUAAAAUCAAGUAAAGUUUAACUACAUAUAACAUUUAUAUGUAGAAGAAAUAAACUGAAAAUCGUGUCAUCUAAAA